AUGCCGCCUACUCGGCAAGAUAACCCCCGAUAUUAUCCUCCUUCUCUGGAUGAGCCACAUAAACUCUCCAUUGCUGUCGAGCUCAAAUUCUUGAUGCGCUUCUUACCAAAAGAUGGUGCCCUGCAUGGUAUGCACAGUGACCUGCCGCUUGAAGUCGUGGAUUUCAUUGAUACAACCAGAGAUGUCAAGAGUGAAGAGAAGGCAGCUCUUUGGAGGUAUGCAUUCACAGGCGUAGCCGACACCAUCAAGUCUGUAUCUGCUCAGCAAGCAAUGACCAGCUAUGACAUAGAGGACUGUGGCAUGCAAGAGAGGGACUGUUGGGAAUCACAAUGGGUCGUCAAGAAAUCCAAUUCAGCAGAGCCAGCGAAGCAUUACCCUCACUGCGAAGAGUUCUUGUGGGUUCCGGUGGAGGUCAACUCGCCCAAGAUGGCCUGGACGGAUCCAAAUACGUUUGCCAUCAUGCGCUCAGUCAUGGAUGCCAUCCAAAGCAGGUACAAUAUAGUUUCGAACUACACUUGCGAAGUGCACGUUCACGUUGGUCGCAUGGAUGGCCUCCCAUUCUCUUUGGUUACAUUGAAGAAGCUGGCCAUGCUGCUUUGGCUGGCAGAGCCAGUGUUGAGGAAGGUGAAGGAUCCUGCCUCCCCCAAUUUCGGUCAUGUUUACACAUGGAGCUCUGCUGCAAGAGAGCACAGCCGCUUGGCUGCUCGUCUCAAAGAUGGAAAGUUUUCACGCCAUCCGUGUCGACCCUGUGAUUUGGGUGGCUUCGACAGGGUAUUAAGACGCCACCUGAUGAAACCAACCGCUAAGGUGUCCGCAACCCAUGAGGCGCUCAAGCUCAUCGCCAGCACACAAACACACGUGCAGCUCGGCAGACUUAUGUCAGGGGAUGGAAGACCUUAUAGAAGACUAGGGUUCAAUUUCAGUGCUUUCGGGGGCGAAGACGAACGAGCUAGAACGAAUCCCAGAACCGUCGAAUGCCGAUUUCUGGAAGGCACCAUCGACCAACACAUCGUACUCGGCUGGAUGCAGAUUUUUGGAAAACUGGUCGAGACUGCAUCGUGGAAUCCCAGCAAUGAAGCCCGAUUCACGCAGCUGGUAUUGGGCCUUUUACGUGAACAGAACAGAUUGCCUCAGGAUGAUGCAUUCGCGAGGUUGAUGAAGCAGCUGGGAAUCACUUUCGAAAUCUACUAUCCGGUACUAGCAAUGAUCUCGGAAUUCAGUCGUCACAAGCCGAAAGCAAGUUCAUUAAAAGCCAAGAGGGUGCGAAGAGCCCGGGUCUAUCCAUGA